AUGGUAUUUCAAGAUUUUGACCAACUAUCAGAGCGCAGAAGGGUUGAAAGACAACGCAAAUUUAGAAAGAGAGUUACCAUCGCCGCCAUUGUUGCCUUUGUCUUACUUGUUUUAAUUGUUUUUGCGAUUUUUGCCAUUAUCAAUCUUGAUAAAAAAGGCCGAGGUCCCCUUUCAUCAGGAGAAUCAUCCCUUAAAGAUUUUGCACGGGCUCAAAAAUUGAUUAAAACUAUAUGUAAUGGUACCAACUACCAGACCUCUUGCAAUGACACCCUCUCGGAUGCAGCAAAGAAGAAUAGUUCCUUGAAUCAACCCCAUAAAUUUAUCGAAGUUGCUAUAACAGCCAUUAAUGAUGAGGUAGAAAAGGCCUUCAACAAGGCGAAAGGAUCCGAUCUGAAAACCAAAGAAGAGAAAGCCGCGUUGAAUGUUUGUAAGAAAGUAUUAGAUGAUGCUAAAGAAGACUUGAAGAAAGCUAUUUCUGAAGCUGACCCCAAAAAUCUGCUAGAGAACCUCAAUGAAAAAUCUGCUGAUUUGAAUAAUUGGCUAAGUGCAGUUAUGUCUUACCAACAGACAUGUGUUGAUGCUUUUCCUGAAGGGGAUUUAAGGUCUCAAAUGGAGAAGAACAUGAAUAUUACAAAGCAACACACCAGCAAUUCCCUUGCAAUCAUCCAAAAAUUUUCGAGUUACCUUUCGACAUUGAGGCACACAAUAGGAACAUCUCGCCGCCUUCUCGAAUCCAUCCCUCAUUCAUUGGACAGCGAUGGACUUCCUUCUUGGAUUAGCUAUGAAGAUAGGAGAAUAUUAGAGAGUUCUGAGAAUGAUAAGGAAAUUAAACCACAUGCCACCGUGGCGAAAGAUGGAAGCGGCAACUUUAAAUCACUUUCUGCUGCAUUGGAAGCAAUGCCAAAACAACGCAAUGACAGGUAUGUCAUCUAUGUUAAAGAAGGAAUUUAUGAGGAAACUGUGACUAUUACCCAGGAAAUGACAAAAGUUACCAUCAUGGGAGAUGGAUCUCAAAAAUCCAUCAUCAAUGGGAUAAAAAAUGUUGCCGACGGAGUUAAUAUGUAUGAUACUGCAACUCUUGUGGUUAUAGGAGAAGAGUUUUUGGCUAAAUCAAUGGGAUUCUGGAACAAUGCGGGUCCGGAAAAGCGUCAGGCGGUGGCUGCUCGAGUCCAAUCUGACCGUUCAAUUUUUGUCAACUGCCGUUUUGAGGGGUAUCAAAACACACUUUGGGCACAAACUCACCGCCAGUUCUACAGAAACAAUGUGGUUCUUGGCACCAUUGAUAUCAUCUUCGGUGACGCAAUGGCAAUCUUCCAGAACACCCUGAUAACGGUUCGAAAACCCUUGGACGGUCAACAAAAUUCAAUUCUAGCUCAGGCAAGGCUAGACAAUUUUGAAACCACAGGAUUUGUGCUACAAAACUGUCGCAUUGAGCCUCACGAAUCGCUUCAAUCUGUCAAAAACAAUGUCAAGAGUUACCUCGGCAGGCCCUGCAAGGAGUACUCUAGAAGCGUCGUAAUGGAAUCAACAAUCGGUGAUUUCAUUGACCCUGAAGGGUGGGUGGCAUUCAAGGGAGAUUUUGGAAUCAAGACUUUGUAUUUUGCAGAGUAUAAGAACAAAGGAGGCAAUGCGAAUACGGAUUCCAGGGUGAAGUGGCCGGGUUUCAAGGUGAUUGAGAAGGACGAGGCUGCUAAGUAUACAGUAGGAAGUUUCUUCCCGGGAGAUUGGAUCACCAAGACAGGUGUUCCUGUUCACCUCGGCUUGUUUGAAUAA